AUGAAUAUGCUCGUUUGGAACGUCCGUGGUCUUACGGACGAGUCUAAGCGUUUGAUGAAGGAGUAUUGUCAUUCUUUUGCUCCUAUAGUGCUGGGUAUUAUUGAGCCGAAAUCUAAAUUUCAGAAAGUCCAGCAGAAUUUUUGGUUAUCUUUGAAUAUGGUUCCUUGUCACCAAAAUUGCAGGCUUCCUCGUCGUUCUAAUAUUUGGUUUCUAGCGCACCCUUCGGUCCAGACUAGCGUUGUCUUAUCUUCUUCUCAAGCUGUGGUGGUGGACUGUUAUUGGCAGAACCGUAAUUUUCGUGUGGCCGUCGUUCAUUGUUCGAAUGAUGCUGGAGAGCGUCGUUUUUUGUGGGCUGAUUUAAUCUCGGUUAUUACCAGGAAUACGGUGUUUAUUGGGGAUUUUAAUGCGGUGAAAGGUGCUAAUGAGAGAAUUAGUUCGGUUAGUCCGUCCAGACGCGCUUGUCAGGAUUUCUGUGAUUUCAUUGAAAAUUCUGGUUUUGGUGAGCCCACUACUUCUGGUCUGCACUUCACUUGGUCGGGUCGUCGGUUUUUGCCUAGGCAUGUGGAAUCGGUGCUUGAUAGAGCUUUGAUUUCUGAUGGGUUUGCGGAUAUGUGGGAUUCCAUUAACUCUCAUGCUCUUCCUAGGAUUUCUUCUGAUCACUCUCCGUUGAUUUUACAAUGUAAGCUUGCCAUGCCUACUGGUAAGCGUCAUUUCAAGUUUCUCAAUAUGUGGGUUCUCCACCCGGAGUUUCAAAACAUGGUUGCUGCGUCGUGGAAUGAUCAUGUUGAUGCUCAUUGCCCUAUUUUUCGGGUUAUGUUUAAACUGCGCCGUCUUCGUGGGGUGAUUCGAUCUUGGAAUAAGACGGUUUUUGGCAACGUCGACACUGCUAUUCAGGAUAAUCAGCAGGAUCUUUUAGAUAUUCAAGCUCAUAUUGCUGAGUCGGGAUAUACGGACGAUUUGUUUGAUGAGGAGGUGUCGGCUCAGGCUAAGAUUAAUGUGCUCCUUUCUAGAAAGAAUAGUAUGCUUCAGCAGAAAAGUCGUUUGAAUUGGCUUGUUGAUGGGGAUCGAAACACGACUUUUUUUCAUAAUAUGAUUAAGUUCCGAAAUCGAGGGUUUUCGAUUGGCCACCUAAAAAUUGAUGGGGUGGUUGUGCAUGAUCCGGCGGUUAUUGAGGCGCAUGUUACGGAUUUUUUCUCGUCUUUGUUCACUGAAGAUAGACAGACUACGGUCGAUCUAGCUGAGUUGGAGGCGAAUAUUGAUCCUUGGGUUUCUGAACUGCAGAACAACCAUCUCACGAGUAUCCCCCUUGAGGAUGAGAUUUCUGCUUCGGUUUUCAGCAUGGAUGCUAACAGUUCUCCGGGUCCGGACGGUUUUUUUGGUUGCUUCUUUUAG